AUGCCAGAUGGCGCCUUGUCUUUUGUACAAUUAGCACCUGCGGGGGGAAAAUGGCCGGGACAUUUCAAGAUGAAUAAGAGGGGGAUCUGGUCGCUGUAA